AUGUAUAGGAACCACAGGACAAAUCAUGAAUACGCUAGUCCCAUGGUGAUUAACGUAAACAGUAAACAAGUGAACCUUCCACCCAUAAAUUACAAUAGAUACACAUCGAGGAAUAUGAAUGUAAGUCCAAUUUACAGUCAAAGUAAUUUAAAAUCAGGCGAACACUUGAAAAACCAUGUGCAAUAUUACCUAAAUGGAAAUGAUCCUGAAAGGACUCCUCUGAAAUAUAACACUUCGCAGAAUAUACCGUGGAGAACAGAUGAAAGGCAGAAAACGAUAAGUGUGUUUAACUUAACCAAACAGAGAGAUCAAAAACAGACGGAGAUUAACUCGAUGCAUGCAAAGCAGGAAGAAGUAAAGAAAAUUGUAAGAAAUUAUGAAAAUUCUAUUCGAGUACCGACUAACUACAGUUCCAGCAAUAGCACUAGGACAAAAGCAUUUGACAUACGCGCGAUUGAAUUUGCUAGGGAAGCACCUCCAUUAAAAAUGGAUAAAAACAGAAUUCAUUUUCCUCAAGUAGAAAAUAAUCCAGUACCUAUUCGUAUUCAAAGAGAAACCAGCAAUAAUAUAGAUAUAUUAAACAAGGGAGAAGAAUACAAAAAUAUGCACCAUAUGAUAAGUAAAAGUAACAACUAUGUGAUGACACGAAAGAAAGAAAAUAUGACCGUGCCAAGUCAGAUGAAAAAAAAUGAUUCUAUGAUAAGUAGUACAUUUGGAAAUUGUACAUUAUCGGAAAAUAUUAAAAAUAAAAGUAAAAUUUGGGGAUCUACAGAAUUCCAGCGGAAUGAUGACGAGAAGUUUAAUAAAGGAGAAGCUCAUAAGAAUAUAGAAAAAGUAAUAGAACAAAAGGGAGAGAAGAAAAGUAACAAAACUGAUGAAGAAAUAAAAAACGAUAAACUGAGAAAUUUCACAAAGAAGAACAAUGACUACAAGGCAGGUAAGGAUAACAUGAAGAAGGGGAAACUGUUUAGAGAUGAAAAAAAAAUAUAUUUGUCUUCACCUCAUAAUAAUAAAAAUGUGCAAAAAAAUCAAUUUCAUAAAAAGCUAGUAACAUAUAAAAGCAACAGAGAAACCUUGCCUUGCAACCUUUCAAUCGAUUUAAAAAAUGAUUCAUUAAACUUAAGCAAAGGGUUAAGGAUUUUUCAACAUAUGAUAGUUGUUGAUAAAAACAGUGUACUAAAAAUAUGGAAUGGAUAUGAAUGGAAAAAAGUAGAAAAUUAUUUUCAAUUUGUAAUUAAAGCUAGAUAUGACAAUGAGGGGCAUAUAUGGUGCAUUAACCAUUCAUAUGAAAUACUUAAAAGAAUGAAAAAUAAAUUUAAAAACUUUGGAAAUUUAGCUAAUGAGGAAAUUAUGGAUAUAAGUUUUGAUAAAAAAAAUGUAUUAUGGUGUGUUAAUCGUAAAGGAGAAUUGCUCAAGUGGAAUAGAACAAAAUGGAAUAAAAUAAAAUACACCGGGUUUCAUAAAUUAAUAAGUUUAGCCUUUGAUAGGACAGGGGAUUUAUGGGCAAUCAAUACAAAGAGGAAUCUAGCAAUAUGGUGUGAAAAAGACAAUUGUUGGAAUGAAAAAAUUGUAAAAGAUGAUUUAAAACUUUGUUCCUUAGAUUUUGAUAAUAAUGGACAUAUCUGGGUUAUUUCAACUUCAGGGGCAUUGUUAACCUAUUCUCGUGGGAACUGGAUGAACUUUGGGUAUGUCUCUUUAGAUCAGUUGAUUUCUGUAGGGUUCAAGAAAAUAUGCAAGCAGUAA